AUGUACAGGCCAUUCAAAUCGCCGUUACUCACGAGGCCACCCGGGUCGACUUCACAGCCAAUUCAGGAACCCAUCUCGGAACGACCGACAAAGCGAUUGAAGGUAUCGCCACAGCAGCCCGAACAAGAUGGCAACUCUUCAGAUACUGCCUGUGAGUCUCCGGAAAGGCCAUCUGAUGACCCUGCGGAUGCCAGAUUCUCGGUUCUCUGGCGCAAGAUAACCAACAAANAGAACAAGAUCUGGGACGGAGACGGCAUCCUCAUCGUUUCGCAAGGAUAUGCCAAUCUCAAAGACUCGGACGGCAAGGNNGAUAUCGGCAGGACAGUAUGCAAAACACCUUUACUUCCAGGAUCCACGCUCAGCAUGAGUGGCAAGGAAAUUGAGAUAGACUCGCGCAUCUCUAGAGAAGAAGCCAGGUCAAUGUUGCCUCAGAAGAAACUCCCAAAGCCAGCUACUAUCAACCCGACCAUUGUAACACGACCAUCCGUUCCUCUUGCUCGGACACCACUCAAGCCUGUUCAGACUCAGAAGAAGCCAGUCAGUAUGCUCGGCAAGGCCGCUGCUGCAUACAAUUCCGCUCCAAAGGUCGAAGCACCACCACGGGCUGUCAGUAUGCUCACCAAGCCUACUGCCGCAUUCAAGAGUCCAAUAAUCGACAAGACUGGUGUUCCUCUUUCACGUUCAAGAUCAGACGGCAAGACUGUUUGCCUUCCCCGUCAUGACCCCAACGAACCAAAUGCGCUUGUCAUGAAAAGACCAAAGCUUGCGCCAGAUGGAAAGCAUAUUGUCGAUGUUGUCGUUGAUCCAAAUUUAACCAAGCAUCUCAGAGAACACCAACGUGCUGGUGUAGCCUUCUUGUACGAGUGCGUCAUGGGUAUGCGACCUUUCGUGGGCGAGGGUGCCAUCUUAGCAGAUGAAAUGGGUUUGGGAAAGACUCUGCAGACCAUUGCCUUGAUUUGGACUUUGCUCAAGCAGAACCCAAUUUACGAGGACGGCCCUGUGAUCAAAAAAGCUUUGAUCGUGUGCCCUGUCACGCUCAUCAACAAUUGGCGCAAGGAAUUUAAGAAAUGGCUGGGCAAUGAGAAAGUGGGCGUCAUGGUCGCCGAGAACAACAAGACCCGACUCAGUGACUUCACCAAAGGCAAAAGUUACAACAUUCUGAUCAUCGGUUACGAGAAGCUUCGCAACGUGCAGGAAGAACUGCAACAAGGUCUCGGUGUGGACAUCGUCAUUGCGGACGAAGGUCAUAGACUCAAGACAGCCAACAACAAGUCAGCCGCGGCCAUCAGAUCUCUGAACACUGAGAGAAGGAUUAUUCUGUCUGGUACGCCUAUCCAGAACGAUCUUAGCGAGUUCUUUACCAUGGUCGAUUUUGUGAAUCCCGGAUUGUUGAAAACAUAUUCGUCCUUCAAGAAACAAUACGAGAGCCCCAUUCUCAAGAGCAGAACCCCAGGUGCAACCGCCAAGGACAUUGAAAAGGGUCAAGCUUGCAGUGAAGAGCUUGCAUCGAUUACUGGUCAAUUCAUUCUCCGACGAACUGCAGAGAUCCUGUCAAAGUACUUGCCCCCGAAAACAGAGUACGUGGUCUACUGCCGACCGACUGGGGUGCAGAAGGAUGUGUACGAGGCCGUUGUUAGCACCGGGGUCUUGAACCAGGUACUAAAAAGCAAUGAAGCCGCGUUUCAGAUGAUCAACAUAUUGAAGAAGCUCUGCAACAGUCCUUCACUACUCAAGAACCCAUCGGAAGGCGAAGAGGGAACAGUAAAUUCGCUACUAGCCAACGUUCCUGCAUCGGAUCUAAAGGCUGCAGGUGGCAGUAGCAAGCUGCAAGUUUUGGAUGACCUUCUUCACUUCGUCCACACAAUGACGCAAGAAAAAGUCGUGGUGGUCUCCAAUUAUACGGCUACUCUGGACAUGAUUGGCAAAUUGUUGACUGCUAUGGAGUAUUCAUUUCUCCGUCUGGAUGGCUCGACGCCUGCAAACCAGCGUCAAGGACUGGUUGACAAGUUCAAUCGUACUUCUGCCAAAAACUGUUUCGUCUUUCUACUAUCUGCAAAGGCUGGCGGUGUUGGCCUGAAUCUUAUCGGCGCCAGUCGCCUUGUCCUCNUUGACAUUGACUGGAAUCCAGCAACAGACCUCCAAGCCAUGGGUCGCGUGCAUCGCGAUGGCCAGAAACAUCCAGUUCACAUUUACCGCUUCUUGACCAAGGGAGCACUGGAGGAAAAAAUCUUCCAGCGACAGCUUACGAAACAAGGAUUAGCCGAUUCGAUCGUGGACAACAAGGCAAACACUUCCAGUUUCACGCCCGAAGAACUCAGAGAUCUAUUUACGUUGGACUCGCGCGAAGGGUGUCAAACUCAUGAUCUUCUUGGCUGCGAUUGCGCCUGUGAUGGCUCUGUUCCCAUCUCUAGCUCAUCAUCACCAACCACUGCUUCCGCCUCUGGAGCAGAAGACGAAGAAGGCAACAACAAUGCACAAGACGAAGACGAAGAAGAGGAGAUGCCCGCCCUACCCUCCUUCCUCCGCUCCUCCCAAAUCGACCCAGAAACCCAAGAACGCCUACGCCGUCAACACCAUUCCCUUCUCCACGAACGUCUAUCCCCUAAANAGAAAGACAACAGCAAAAGCAGCAGUAAACACGACAAAGUGGCCAUGGCAUCACUGAUGCAGUUUUCUCACCUCGAUGCUGUUAAACUCCGACAAGAGAUUGCACGAGGCAAUGGCGAAGUCGACGGCGAAGAAGAAGAUGGCGUUGUGGCUGUUAGGGAAAAGGCGGAGGAUGCAGUGCAAGAUGGGGUCUUGAGGGCGUUGGUCACGGAUGACAAGUCGAGGAUUGAUUUUGUGUUUGCUAAGAUGAGUGGUUAA